UAACAUGGUAGAAUGGUGUUUGCCCCAGGACAUUGACCUGGAAGGUGUAGAGUUCAAAUCCAUGGCAAGUGGGUCCCACAGAAUCCAGUCAGAUUUUAUUUAUUUCCGGAAGGGGUUUUGCUUUGGGCUGGCCUGCUUUGCAAACAUGCCUGUGGAGAGCGAGCUAGAGCGUGGUGCCCGCAUGAAGUCGGUGGGGAUUCUUUCUCCGUCAUACACCCUGCUUUAUAGAUACAUGCACUUUCUGGAGAAUCAGGUCCGACACCAGUUAGAGAUGCCAGGACAUUACUCCCACCUAGAAGCAUUUUAUGAUGACAAGAAGGGGGUUCUCUCUGCUGGCAAGGGCAGCCUAACUUCUCAGCAACCUGUCCACUGGCUGCCAUCCAUCCACAGAUACAUGUACCCAGAGAUGAAGAUCACACACCCAGCUGGCUGUAUGUCUCAGUUCAUUAAGUUCUUUGGCGAGCAGAUCCUCAUCCUCUGGAAGUUUGCCCUGCUUCGCAAGCGCAUUUUGAUAUUCUCACCACCACCAGUGGGAGUUGUUUGCUAUCGAGUGUAUUGCUGUUGUUGUCUUGCCAACGUCUCCCUGCCUGGUAUUGGGGGAACUGUUCCAGAGUCCAAACCUUUCUUCUACGUGAAUGUGGCAGACAUAGAAAUGUUGGAGACAGAAAUGUCAUACGUGGCCUGUACAACAGAAAAGAUCUUUGAGGAGAAGCAUGAUCUCUAUGAUGUCUAUGUGGAUAACCAAAAUGUGAAGACGCACCGUGAGCACCUGCAACCACUGCUGAAGAUUAACAGUGCUGAUAAGGAGAAAUACCGACGGCUCAAUGACCAGAGGCAGAUGUUGCUAUAUUCUCAGGAGGUGGAUGAGGACUGCAGCUCCUGUGAAGAGGACCUCUUCAUCUUAUUUUUCAUGGAGCAGAACAAUCGGAUAUUUCAGACGCUGAUGGAGGUGUCAGCCAGCCAGGACAAGACCUUGACCGCUGACCAUGCCCGGGGCAUGGGUCUGGACCCCCAGGGGGACCGGAGCUUCCUAAUGGACCUGCUAGAAGUGUAUGGCAUUGAUGUGAUGCUAGUCAUCGAUAACCCCUGCUGUACUUAGACUGAGGGUGGCAGAGAUGGGAGCAGAGAUGGCUUUUUAAAGACUACAGGACAUUGCAUUCGAAGCAAAUGGAGGCAGCGGCAGUAAGUGACAAAGCCCAUGUCUUAACAGAUGGAGGAAGAGACAGAUGCCAGAGAAUGGAAAGAUGUUUCCAGCUUGUCUGAGAAAGAUCUCUGUCCCAAUUAGUUUUGAAGAUCAUAUACCUUGUGCAUUCCCGUCUGCUUUUGAAGCAGACUUCUGAAGAUUCCAACUCCAAAUUUCUUUUCCUCUUGGCAAGCAGAAAAUAAGCCUGGGGGGGGUGGGCAGGAGUGAUCCAAGCCUAAGCACAGGUGUACAUUAGUGCUGCUUCUACACUGCAUCAGUGCAUUCAUCUGCCUAGGAAAGCAAGCACUACGCAGAUUUACAGACACCAGGCGGAGCGGAACCCAACCAACUAAGGUUCCCUGGUACAGAAAGCAAGACAGCGACUUUUGAGAAACUAAGGGAGAGAUCUAAAGAAAUGUCGCUCACAGACAGUAUCAAGUGACUGAGAUUCAAAGUACUUUAUUACAUUAAAUGAAUCUAUUCUAUGCUGUUUUAUCCUUGCACAUAUACCCAUUGCCUCAGCUCAUCCUAACUCAGCUUUCACGCUGAUGCUGUUACUAGCUACUUGUUUCCCCAUGGUUCAUUUUAAGGGGACACAUAGACUUAAAAGUGUUGCAACUAAACUGUUCCAUUUCCUAAAUAAGUCUGUAUUAGCUAGUCAGAGAUGUUUAAGAUGAAUUUCCUCCAUAAGUUACCAAUUAAGAACUGCAUUGAAGAUUGUGUGCAUCUGCUGUGUUAUUAGAAUCAACAACCCACUUGGAGUCUAGUCUAGUACCCAAGGAAUUCAGCAGGGGUCUUCGCACAAGCUUCAGUGCGAAGGAAUCCACGAAUCAGGAAGCAGGAAUCUGUCCCCUUCUCACUCUUCAUUAUGGCUUGUGCAAGAGAAAAUCAUGCUCAAUUCUGCAUGUAGGAGUGAAGAGCCAAUGCCCACAUAUUUCUAUUUUAAAAUGUUACUAUUGUGAUUCUUAAGUCAGUUUUUGUUAUGGAUGUGGGUUGUUGAAUCUGUUCACUGAUGGUCAUUUCAACUUUCCAAAUAUGUUGUAUUCCCUACUUAUACAAUUCAUUACCCACAAACAAUGAAUUAUUUUGGACUGAAUUAUUUUUAGUCUUCAAAGCCCAAACAUGAACUAUUAUUUUAAUCCUAAUUGCUGUUUACAGCCUUGUCAAUCUUGUUGAGUUUCAAAGCACUCUGGGAAUUUUCAUGAAGGACGGUAUACCAGUUGGCUUGUGGGCUUUAUGAUGGAUACUAGCUUGGAAAGCAAAUGAGUCACCAUGGGUGACAGGUGCCUCCCAAGUCUGGGGGGCAGCAGUGGGGCAGGACCAAGGGGGGGUCCCCCAGUGUGCCAGUGGCAGAGCCAA